AUGUUUCGAAACCAGUAUGAUUCUUCAACGACCACCUGGUCCCCUCAAGGUCGAAUCCACCAAAUCGAAUAUGCGAUGGAAGCUGUUAAACAAGGAAGCGCAACAGUCGGUGUCAAAUCGAAAACGCACGCUGUUCUCGUCGCAUUGAAGCGCGCCCAAAAUGAACUGUCUGCUCACCAGCAAAAGUGUCUUCGAAUCGCCCCACAUUGCGGAAUGUCCAUGGCAGGUCUGACAGCUGACGGACGUGGCCUCACUAACUUUAUGCGCACUGAAGCUCUCAACUAUGAGAUCGUGUAUGGAUCUGAUAUGCCAGUUGCUCGUCUUGUUGAUGCUGUUGGGAGCAAGUUGCAGACUCCAACUCAAAUCUAUUACCGUCGACCAUUCGGUGUAGGCCUCCUUAUUGCUGGAUAUGAUAAACAAGGACCUCACAUUUACCAGACCUGCCCGUCUGCAAACUACUACAGUUGCAAAGCGAUGAGUAUUGGAUCUCGCUCUCAAUCGGCAAGAACUUACCUGGAAAAAGUAUUAGACGAUCUCGAAGGCUGCAGCAAAAAUGACCUUGUCAAACACGGCCUCAUGGCGCUUCGUGAAACUUUACCAACUGACCAGGAGCUUACGGAGCACAAUGUUACUGUCUGUAUUGUGGGUGAGAAUCAAAAGUAUGCAGAAUAUAACAACGAGGAAACCAAACAAUUUCUGGAUCUCCUUGACUCAACGAAAAGCCUGCCCGAGAACGUGCCCAGGCCGACGACGCUGCCCCUGCUGAAGAAGCCGCUGCCGAAGAAGAACAACCUCAAGCCAUGGAGGAGUGAUUUCUUCAACGAUCACGAUCACCAUUUUCCCUCUGAGUUCACCUUUUACUGGAAAUCCGUGCAACAGUCUGCUGACUCUAAUAAUAGCAAAUAUACAUUCGCACAACUUGCCAAUAAUAGCAGAAUUAACAAAGCCUUUGAAGAAAACUUGUUGCCGCUAGAAAGUAUCCAACAUGUUUACAUCUUUGAUACGGAUCGUAUUUUGCUGAGAAAGAAUGAGCAGUAUUUGAGACGGCUGUUUAGGAUUAUACCAAAAAGUGCACGGAAAGUUGUUGUCUCAGAUGGUUUAUCGGAAACUUCAGAAUCCGCUUUGAAUUUCCUUCUUGGUCCCAAGUUUGAAGACUUGCGCAGUAAAUCAGAACCGAGCCUGCUUACCACAGACAUAGAAAUAUGCAAGCUGUCGUCUUUAUCGAAAGACAUCGUUGCAUCAGGGGAAAAGCGUUUUGAUGAGAAGGUGAUUCUUUGCUACACUCAGGAAAAAUUGGAUGAGUUGAAGAAAAACUUUUCUGGCAGCGGAAAGCGGACGAAAUGCAUGACAGUUAAUAAUUUCUUACACGAGCAGACAAGUUGCGUAGAGAUAGAUUGCUUCUUAGCGGAGUUGCCUAGUUUCGAUACUAAUGGAAUGUCGGACGAAGAGUUUCUCAUCGACGACAGCUAUGAUAUGGACAUUCGAAGACCUUCAGAUCCUGUUCCUUCACUAGUUGAGCGAAUAGGCGGUCACAAACGUCAAGCCACCGAGGCGGCAGUUAAAGACAUAUUAAAACCCAGAUUCCAAAAAGGGGAGAGUUUGAAGUGCUUGGACGGCGAGGAAGUCUAUGCUGCUAAAUGUUUGGAGAUAGAUCACGACGGGAGUCAGUGGAGUUAUCUGAUCCACUACAACGGCUGGAGCAAGACCUACGACGAGUGGAUGUUUGACGAUGAUGCUCGACUGAACCCGAUGAAAAUUCAAUCGGCCUUGCUCCGCCAAGGCAGCGAACACACGGGCCCUUUGCCAGAAGCAAAGAGACCCGAGAAGGUUAAAUCUACUGAUCGAAAACCUCGAGAAAAACGAAAGGCAAAAGCUACCAAAACUAAAGCGGCGGCAAAAGUAUACUUCACAUCAGAAUACGAACGACGGUAUAGAUUACAGAUUCAUUUUCCGCAUGAACUGGCAAAAGUGCUUGUGGAUGACCAAGAGUUUAUAAUUCGACAAAGAAAGCUCAUUUCUUUGCCGCAUGAAACAACAGUAGAAUGUAUACUGAAGAAGUUCCAGCAGACGCAUUCUAUUGAAAAUGAGCUGAUAGAAGGAAUGAUUUCAUUCUUUAAUACAUUGGUGGGCUGUAAAUUGCUGUAUAAAUUUGAGCGACCGGCAUUUGCUGACUACUUAUCGAAGUAUCGCACGUCAGAAGAAAACGGACUCCAUUAUCCCGCAGCAGCUGCCCGGCCUGUUCGCGUAUUCGGCUUUAUCCAUCUUGUGCGAUAUGUUGCCUAUCUAAAUGAAGAAAUGUGCGAGUUGCCGGCCGAUUUCGAAACGAUCAAGAAAUCAGUCGACAUAAUUCAGAAACUCGCGGAUUACUUAGUCGACGAGCUUGAAACACUCUACUCGGUUCAAGACUACGAAAAUACUCCACCAGAGUAUCAUCGCCGGGCGCAAGUUAUUUGGUGA